AUGAACGAACAACUCUCCGAUAGCAAACUUCUCGAAGUCACCGCUAGAGCAUUGGACAGAAUACAGUUUAGAGGAACUUACUUAAGCGCUGAGCCUGUCUACCGAAUGUUAAUUCGCCGGUUUCCGAAUGAUGUUUCUUAUAGGAACAAUUUAACUAUAUCCUUCCUUAUGGCCAAUAGAGCCGAUUUAGCUGGAAGUGUACUGAAAGAAACACUGAAAAUAUGGCCCAACGAUCGCGUUGCAUUGGCUCAUUAUGGAUUCGUCUUGAAAACUCAAUACAAUAAGCUCGAAGAGGCCGUAACGUUAUUCCGUAAAGCAUUAGAAAACGAUACGGGGCCCGCGUGUGAACCUCGUUUCUACUACCAUUUGGGAGAUGCCUUGCUUUUACUGGGCCGAUUUGAAGAAGCGCAUGAGGUACACAAACGUGGCGCUAAGCAUGGGCACUUUCUUUCGCCUGUACAGCGUUCUUUGUACAACGUGGAAAGGCUACAAAGUCGACCAUGGUGGCGCGUAGAUGAAACGCCAUACGCGAAAUUAGCUCGGGCUUUAGAGAAGUCAUGGAAAGAGAUAUUAAAAGAGGGAGAAGCAGCGCGAGCUCUGUAUGAGAAAGAGAAGGAAGGAUUAAAAGAAAAAGGGGAGUGGUCCCAAUUAGAUUUAUUUGUGAGGGGUCAAGAGAUACCCGGACGUUGUAAAAGAGCACCUGUUACUUGCUCAAUAGUUAAAGCGGAACCGGCUGCGGCUAAUUGCAGACGGGGUCAAAUAAAAUUUAGUUCUAUGGAGCCCGGGACGCAUGUUCGGCCACACGUGGGCCCCACCAAUUGCAGGCUGCGAAUGCAUUUAGGAUUAAGCAAUACCAAAGACACUUAUAUACGUGUGGAUCAGGAAACCAGGCAGUGGCAGACAGGCAAGGUGCUGUUGUUCGACGACAGCUUCGAGCACGAGGUGUGGCACAACGGCACGGGCACGCGCCUCGUGCUCAUCGUGGAUGUGUGGCACCCGCACCUCACGCCCGCCGAGCGCCGCCAGUUGCCCGCCAUUUGA